AUGGGAUUGAACACUGACGCGCAUGAAAUAUUGACACGACAAGUGUUGGCUGCCGUCAUCGACAAGCAGGACAUGCUGCGAUUGUGGAAUGAAGUUGGUAAGCUUCACAGUGGCUUGGAUGGCUCGCCGCGAGCCCGGGCAGGGUCAGAGUCCACAGCUUCGCCACUCCUUCGGGCUGAAGAGGAGGAUGAGACACUGUCAGAACUGAUGUGGAACCCUCUCGACUUACAGCUUGAAGAUUGCCCGCCGGAGACCGACGAAGGCGCAGCUUUGGUGUGGGACCCCAUCGGGCUGUCAGAGGCAGACGAUGCCUGGACAGAUGCAAACAUCGUACAGAAGGCCUACAGCCAUCCAUGCGAUGGCAUGGACCUGGUUCUCUCGAAGCCGCCCGGGUUGGAAGAUGUGUCACAAGGCCACGAGAUGACAGAUUAUUGGAGCCGGUCGACCACAGCAGGCACGGCAGAUGUUGCAAUGGAUUAUGAUGGCGGCUCUGCCGAUGCUUUGGCAGCGGAGAUGGCCGCCAUUUUGGAUUUGAUGCAGCAAGGCAUGCCAGGGUUGCCGGAAGUGCGGGGUUCGCCCCAUUGGCCUUGCCCAGGAGAUCUGCUCUUCAACGCCAUGCCUCCCGAGCUCACGACGCACAACUUCUGUCCCUGGUGUGGAUCAGCUCGCGCUUGCUUCCACCGCUUUUGCCCGCAAUGUGGAGUCUUCUAUCCGGAUUUGCACGAGGCACCCGGCGGAACUGGUGCGGAUCUGUCACACUUGGCAAGAUGGCAGUAUUGA